AUGGAGGAGGCCCCCAGCCGCCUAGAAGCCCUGCAGAAGCUGCGGGAGCGCCUGUGCACCGAGACAGAGCCCAGCAAGCUCUACAGCACCCUGAAGAAACUCUCUCGCCUGCCCGUGCUGGGCGACACCCUGGAGGAGAUUGGCUUCAGGAAGACCAUCAAAGUGUUGAAGAAACAGCAGCUCCUGCUACCCUUUGCCAAGGACUUAGCGGCCCAGUGGGAGGAGGUGGCAGAGAGGUCUUGGAGGUCAGCGGUAGCAGCCCGCAGCGAAGCGCACCUCGCAGCCCAAGCUCCGAGCCAGCGGGAAGAAAGAGGCCCAGAGGGUCCUUCGGGGGGCAGGCAGCUAGCCGCGGAGAGCCAGGUACAGGUACGCGGAGGCAAGCCCCCACAGGGAGGUGUUGGGGCGCCCUGGCGGCUGCAAGGGGUGAAGGCCCUCUGCGGCAAGCCAGCGGCUGGGCCAGCGAAGCGGCGUCCGUCUCCCCCGAGGGAAAAGACCCCUGGCCCCUGGAUCCGGGAAGACCAGCAGGCCGCUUCUUUGCAGGCUCGCCUCGACUACCACAGCUCUGACAGCUCUCCGUCUUCCUCCGCGCCCGCGCCGCCGCCUCCGGGCAAGAGGAAGAGGAAAAGCAACUGGAAAGCUGAGGCGCAGAGCCCCGGAGCAGAGGUGCCUCGGGGCGAGUCUCACAGCUGCAGCGAUCUGAAUCUCCUCCUGGAUGACGAUCCCUUCCCAGAGCUCACCUCCGGUCUCCAAGCCUGCUUCUCCGGAGGAGAAGGACCUGAGGACUCUUCCUUGCACACUGACCGAGAAGCAGCACCUUGGGCGCGCAGGGCGACCUGGAAAACGCCUGUGUAUUCGGGUCGCACACCAGCCAGAGCUCUCCCAAGGAAAUCGCACCAAGGACGCUUUGCGAACCCCGACCGCACGUGGGAAACUCACAGCCAACCGGCCCCGCAGGAAUGCGGGCUCUGGAGACAGCAAGAGGACCAGUCCCGCACCUGCAAGCCAACUAACCCCCAGACUGAGACCCAGACACACCUCAGGCUGCAGCAGUCCAGCGAGCUGAGGCUGAAAGCCCUGACAGCCCGCAUCCAAAGCUCACAAGCCAAGAAGCAUCAAGACCGCCAAACCAAGCUGAUCUCCUUCCACGCCCUGACCGCAGACCCAGGCCAGCAUGCAGACUCCGCACCCAGACGGGAAGACUCCCCCGAAAACCUGAACUGCCUCAGCCAAGGCCCUGGCACUGACCUUGUGAAGAGGGCUCCGCGCCCCGCCCUGGGCGGCAGGGACCAGACCCGUGCUAAGAAAGCCGCCCCGCUCAUGGCCAAGGCCCUCAAGGAUUACAAGAAUAGGUGGUCUCGGAAGUGA